AUGGAGAAAGUGGCUAACAUUGUUUCAAAUCUGCUGCUUUUGUUGUUCAAUUCACUCUUCAUUGAUAUCGAGAAAUUUAUUAUGAGGUUUCGAAUUUUCGGAAGAUCUUUAACAAGCCCUUGUGAUGAGCAAAAAGUUGUAGAAUGCAAGAGCCAACGACCUUUGAAGGUUCGAGAAGGAAUAUUGAGCAUUGCUGAGGUUAAUAUGGUGAUGAAGAGAUUAGGAAUGGAGGGCAUUAAUGGGAAUUCAAUCCCAGAUUUGGCGGCGCUGUUUGAGGAGGAAGAGCCCAGUUUCGACGAAAUUAAGGAAACAUUUAGCAUUUUCGAUGCUGAUAAUGAUGGGUUUAUAGAUGCUUGUGAUUUGCGUAGAAUUGUUACCAACUUAGGAGUGAAGGAAAGUUAUGAUUUGGAGGAGUACAAGAGGAUGAUCAAAUCCUAUGAUAUUAAUGGAGAUGGGCUCAUUGAUUUUCAAGAGUUUCUCAAAUUCAUGGAAAAAUGCCUUUGUUAA